GCCUGAUAUACUUUCAAUCUUCCAGUUGUUGCUAGGAAUUCUUCGAGGUCACCGGAUUGAGCAGAAUAUAUCCUAUCAGCCUAUCCCAACAUGGCAAACAAUGGCGCAUCGUCGCCCGUCUCACCACUCAAGCCCUCCGAUGGUCCUCCUGAGUCUCCUACCACGGCCCGCCCGUUAGAUUUCGACAGUGACCAAGAGACCGGCACAAUAUCCACACCGACAAAGACAUCCAAGCCAGAAACACUACCUAGUCUCCCUCCUAAAGAUGACCCUGCUCCGCCCGCGAAACCUCCGAGACCAAUGAGUCCUCGGGAACAAGCAGAGAACACAUUGAAAGAGGCUUUUCCAACCAUUGAUGCCAACGUGGUGCGAGCUGUUCUGACAGCGAGUGGUGGGCAUGUUGAGCCUGCUUUCAAUGCUCUGUUGGGCAUGACAGAUCCCGACUCGCAGCGAGAACCUGAACCACCUGCCAGACCUCCUCGACCUGCUGUAAAGAAUCCUGCUUCCACACAAAUGAGUCAGCUCGAGGCAGAUGAACUCUAUGCAAGACAAUUAGCGGAGCAUUACGAAGGUUCGGACAGACAGCAACCACAGCGUCGUGGGUCUGGGGGAAGAUUCAAUGAACAUCUACCGGGGUCAAGACCUGGGCGGCCAGGCGCAAGCCCAAACCCAGAAGAUGUACCGUGGCGGAGUUUUAUUGAUGAUGACCUCCCUGAAAUCCGCGACAACAUCCGGAAAGGAUUUAUCGAAACCCAGACCACUGUAAACAAAUGGAUCACAGCGUUCAAGAAGAAAAUCGAUGGAGAAGAAGAUGACGGGACAUUUGUUGGCCAACCAGAACAACCACCACCAAUGCCACCCCGCCGCAGCGCAGAUACACGACGAAGUGCCGAUCUUCAGCGGUACGAUGCAGACAUGCAACCCAUUGGAGACGACUUUUCAAAGCUGGAACUCCGAGAUGGAGAAGCGCCACCACGCACAUCGAGCCGGCCGUUAGCCAAUCCCAACCUGUUCAAGCCCAAUGAACGGCGUCCGUCACCCGGUACAGCACGCAAGGUGUCUUUCCAAGAUGGCCCGCCUGAGGAGAUCAGGGAUAUGUACUCAGCCUCCCCCAAACCCAGCAAUGUGACGACCACCACAGCGACCGCGCCAGGAUCGGGCGGUAAGGCCAGCAAAUGGCAGCCAUUGAAAUCGGUCGAUCCGAGUCCAGUAGCCGACAAUGAUCCAUUCAGCUUGGGUGACAGUGACGAGGAAAAAGAUGCGAAGCCGAUAACUUUGACGGAUGACGAACCAGUAAAAGAUGAUGCUACAGACUCGAAAGCUGAUGAUGACCAAGUCAAGAAAGCUACUGACGAAGCUAUGAAGGAGGGUAUUGGCGCAGGAAGCAAGUAGGGACCGUGUUUGGUAAUCGGAAUUGACCACAGCCAUGUGGAAUGGCACAAACGUUACAUCACGAUCUCAUUUGCGCGGAGAAUGAUCUCGACGGCCGCGUAUAUAUUUUCUUUAACUGAAGUACAUCUCAGGGUCAUGAUCCAACUGAGAAUCUAUCAGGACAGGCUUGAUUGAAUAUAAC